GCUCGGUCGAGGGGCGCGGAACGGAGCGGGAGCAGCUGCGCUGAGCUGAGGGGCCCUCGAGGGCGCGGCGGCGGCGGCACCACCGUGAAAGGAAGUGGGGGCCGGGCCGGGCUCGCUGGCGGGCGACGGCGGUCAAAGCCUGGCGGAAACGGCAGCUGAGCGGCCUGGGGGCUGCCCGUGGGCUGGCCGGCUCGAGAGGGCCGUGGCGGCCGCGCUCCCCCUUGCCGGCGCCGUAUUCCAGGACUAGGAUGCGCCCGCUCGUCCCCCGGCAGGCAUCUCCCGGCCCGGCCCGUGGCUGAGACACCCCCAACGGCGGCGAGUAUGGCCUCACAGCUGCAAGUGUUCUCCCCUCCAUCAGUAUCUUCGAGUGCCUUCUGCAGUGCCAAGAAACUGAAAGUGGAGCCCUCUAGCUGGGAUGUUUCAGGACAGAGUAACAGUGACGAGUAUUACAGUCACAGCAAAAAUCUCCCAGGUGCUCAAGGACCAACAAGUUCCUCUCACCAGGUAGCAAAUUUCAGCAUCCCUGCUUAUGACCAGAGCCUCCUUCUUCCUGCUCCUUCAGUUGAGCACAUUGUCGUUACAGCAGCGGACAGCACAGGCAGUGGUGGAACAACAUCAUUCCAAAACAGCCAGGCCCUAACACAUAGGGCUAACAUUGCUUUGCUGGAACCGUAUCAAAAAUGUGGAUUAAAAAGGAAAAGUGAGGAAGUUGACAGCAACGGUAGCGUGCAAAUAAUUGAGGAACAUCCACCUCUCAUGCUGCAAAACAGACCUGCGGUGGGUGCUGCGGCCACUACCACCACUGUAACAACCAAAAGCAGUAGCUCCAGUGGUGAAGGGGAUUACCAGCUGGUCCAACAUGAAAUCCUUUGUUCCAUGACAAACAGCUAUGAAGUCUUGGAGUUCUUGGGCCGUGGGACCUUUGGGCAGGUGGCAAAAUGCUGGAAACGCAGCACAAAAGAGAUUGUAGCUAUCAAAAUUCUGAAAAAUCACCCUUCAUAUGCCAGGCAGGGGCAAAUUGAAGUGAGCAUCCUCUCUCGACUGAGUAGUGAAAAUGCUGAUGAAUAUAACUUUGUCCGCUCAUACGAGUGCUUUCAACACAAAAACCACACGUGUUUGGUGUUUGAGAUGCUGGAGCAAAACCUGUAUGACUUCUUGAAACAAAAUAAAUUUAGUCCCCUGCCUCUGAAAUAUAUUCGGCCAAUUUUGCAACAGGUAGCUACUGCCUUGAUGAAACUGAAAAGUCUGGGUCUAAUACAUGCUGACCUAAAGCCUGAGAACAUCAUGCUGGUUGAUCCUGUGCGUCAGCCAUACAGGGUCAAGGUCAUUGAUUUUGGCUCUGCUAGUCAUGUGUCAAAAGCCGUGUGUUCUACUUACUUGCAAUCACGCUAUUAUAGAGCUCCUGAAAUAAUCCUGGGUCUGCCAUUUUGUGAAGCUAUUGAUAUGUGGUCAUUGGGCUGUGUGAUAGCUGAACUGUUUCUUGGUUGGCCUCUAUACCCAGGAGCUUCAGAAUAUGAUCAGAUUCGUUAUAUUUCACAAACUCAAGGACUUCCAGCGGAGUAUCUUCUGAGUGCAGGAACGAAAACAAGCAGGUUUUUUAACAGAGAUCCAAACUUGGGAUACCCACUGUGGAGGCUAAAGACUCCAGAAGAACAUGAGUUGGAGACAGGGAUAAAAUCAAAGGAGGCUCGGAAAUACAUUUUCAACUGUUUGGAUGACAUGGCACAGGUAAAUAUGUCUACAGACUUAGAGGGAACAGACAUGUUGGCAGAGAAGGCUGACCGUAGAGAAUAUAUUGAUUUGUUGAAGAAAAUGUUGACAAUUGAUGCAGAUAAGAGAAUUACUCCGCUGAAGACUCUGAACCAUCCAUUUGUGACAAUGAACCAUUUACUUGAUUUCCCACACAGCAACCAUGUGAAAUCCUGCUUUCAGAACAUGGAGAUUUGCAAGCGAAGAGUUAACAUGUAUGACACAGUUAAUCAAAUAAAGAGCCCAUUCACAACACAUGUCGCACCAAAUACAAGCACAAACCUCACCAUGAGUUUCAACAACCAGCUCAAUACAGUGCACCAUCAGGCUAGUGUUCUGGCUUCCAAUUCUACAGCUGCUGCUACCCUGUCACUGGCAAAUUCAGAUGUUUCACUGCUGAAUUAUCAGUCUGCUCUGUACCCAUCAUCUGCAGCACCAGUUGCUGGUGUGGCACAGCAGAGUGUUUCCUUACAGCCUGGAACAACACAGAUCUGUACACAAACAGACCCAUUUCAGCAAACCUUCAUUGUGUGUCCUCCUGCCUUUCAAACUGGUCUUCAGGCAACCACAAAGCAUUCUGGGUUCCCAGUGAGGAUGGACAAUGCUGUUCCAAUUGUGCCACAGGCACCAGCAGCUCAGCCAUUACAGAUCCAAUCAGGAGUUCUCACACAGGGAAGCUGUACACCACUAAUGGUAGCAACUCUUCAUCCUCAAGUAGCCACCAUCACGCCGCAGUAUGCGGUGCCCUUUACUCUGAACUGCGCAGCCGGCCGGCCAGCGCUAGUAGAACAGACGGCUGCAGUACUGCAGGCCUGGCCUGGAGGGACCCAGCAGAUUCUGUUGCCUUCUACCUGGCAACAACUUCCAGGGGUUGCACUGCACAAUUCUGUGCAGCCUACAGCUGUGAUUCCAGAAACAAUUGGUAGUAACCAGCAGUUAGCUGACUGGAGAAAUGCUCAUUCACAUGGAAAUCAGUACAGCACGAUCAUGCAGCAGCCAUCAUUGCUAACCAACCAUGUGACACUAGCUACAACCCAGCCUUUGAAUGUUGGAGUCGCACAUGUUGUGAGGCAGCAGCAGAACAAUGCAGUGCCAGCAAAGAAAAACAAACAGCCACCCCAUAAUGCCACAAAGCCUGCAUCUACAUUGGAGGCCAUUCCUUCUCAAGUCUACUCUCUAAUUGGGAGCAGCCCUCUGCAUGCCACAUCUUCCUCCUCCAGUGCUCUCCUUCCAGGGCAAGAGCAGCAUCAACCUAUUGUUAUUCCAGACACUCCCAGCCCCCCAGUCAGUGUAAUCACCAUCCGCAGUGACACUGAUGAAGAGGAAGACAGCAAAUACAAGCCUGGAAGCUUGGGCAUGAAGCAGAGAUCCAAUGUCAUCAGCUAUGUUACUGUUAAUGACUCCCCUGAUUCAGACUCCUCAUUGAAUAGCCCUUAUGCAUCAGAUGCGCUUUCCACGCUCAGGAGCUCUGGGGGUGCACUCGAGCCAAGCAGAGGGGCAGCUGAAAGCUCCAGCUCCCGCACCAUUAUUGUGCCUCUGAAAACACAGCUCAGUGACUGUAUUGUUGCCACCCAGGCCUCGGGUGUCCUGAGUAGCCUGAGCAAGACGAAGCCUGUGGCAUCCGUAAGUGGGCAAGCAUCAGGGUGCUGUAUCACACCAACAGCUUACCGACAACACCGGGUUGUGACAAAUGGUGUGCAGCCACUCAAUCUUAGCCAGAACCAGCAAGCAACUGUACUGGCUUCACAGGAGAGAAGCGGAAACCCAGCUCCACGCAGACAGCAGGCCUACGUUGCUCCCCUGCCAACCACAAUUGCUCAGGCUCCCUACACGUUCCAGCAUAGCAGCCCAGUGCACCCCCACUUGGCAGCAGCAACAGCUAGCCAGCCUCACAUGUAUACCUACGCACCGACGACUGCUGCCACGCUGGGCUCCACCAACUCUAUUGCUCAUCUCUUUUCCCCUCAGGGCUCCUCCAGGCACACCACAUACACAACCCAUCCAAGCACUCUGGUGCAUCAGGUCCCUGUCAGUGUGGGGCCCAGCUUGCUAACCUCUGCCAACGUAGCACCUACUCAGUAUCAGCAUCAGUUUGCCACUCAGUCUUACAUUGGUGCUUCUAGAGGAUCUGCUAUUUACACUGGAUACCCACUGAGCCCAACCAAGAUUAAUCAGUACUCUUACUUGUAGUUCUUGGAGCAGGGGUUGUUGGUAAUCAUUCCCAGCUUGAUGAUAGAAGCAAGAGAUCUCCAGUAGGUUUUCAAUACUCUUAACAGCUCCACAACAGGAUCCUCUGUGGAAACAGUGGAGGAUAAUGGGGGGGGGGGGACCUUCCUCUUGUUGACAAUUCUCUUUAUGCUCUUCAGAGUCUGGUUGUACUGUUGGAGGGGGCCUGCUGUGUGGGGGAAGCUCAGGUAAUGACUGGGCUGAACCUUUUAGAUCACAUUUACAUUUAAGAUUUUACAGUUAAUUUUUAUGGAUGCUUUAAAAACAACAAAGGCCUGUACCCAAUUUUAUUUAAUGCUAUCAGAGGAGGAAAGGAAAUCAAUGACUUUUUGAAAAGGCUGUUUUUUAAAAAAGAAAAAAACUCUUAAACUUACCUAGUACUUGUUUAAAUUAUUUUAGCAGCUUGCACAAAUCCAUAUUGCCACUAAAAAUGCACAUUUAACUCUAGGUUGCUAGGGCAGAUUUAUAAACUUGAGUUAGUAUUUUAAAGUUAAUUUUGUAAUUCACAUUCUUGAUAGGCAAUAGCUAAAUUCUGCAGAUGCAUUUCUCUCUUCCACCUUUCGCUCUGGGUCAGGGUGUGUAUAUCUAUGUAUCUGUAGAUACAGAUAUACCCCUAAAUUCUUGGUUUAAAUUCUUUCUGUUAAAAGCUAUUGUAGCAAUUUAUUUUGUUCAUAGUUCCCAUUGAAACUAUGGUUAUUUUUCUUGUAAUGUGUGAAUUUCCAAAAUGAAAUUGAGAGGGUGUUUGCUUUUUAUAAGUGCAGAAGCAAUGAAUUGUAUACAAAAUCACAAUCCAUAUUAUGGUUUCAUUGUUUUGCCAGAAUGCUCUUGUUCUCAACUGGAAAUGCAGAGGCCUGCAUUAUUCUUUUGAGGGCAGAAGCCACUGGGGAGGCCUCAGUGAAAUGAAUAGAAGCUACACAUCACCUGUUUGUUUCCACAGACUUCAUCAGAGGCCCCUUUCAGUUUCAUUUUUAGAAUACCAUUAGGAGCUGGAUUCCUUUCCCAGAAAUGCAGGGACCUCUUUUCCAUCAUGUUCUUUCUUGCCUGGUCCAUUUAGCUGAGGAAUCCAGAAUUUGCCAAAACAUCAGUCUACUGAUAUGUACAAACUUUUUAUACUCCUGCAAGCAUAUCCCUUUGGGACAUUGUUGGCAGAAAACUUUAAAGCGCUCUUAUUAAGACUUGUAUACAGUAGGUGCAUGUAGGAAUUGCAAAAAACAUGACACACAAAUUGCAGAUUUUAAAGGUUUAUUACUGAAUUUAAAACUAUUUUAGAAGUUUUGUAAUGGUGGUGUUUUAAUAUUUUACAGAAAUGAAAUAUGUACAUAUUGAUUAGAACAAAAUAUAACAAGCAAAAUUUCCUGCUAAUCCCAAAUGUUCUGUCUUUGUAAUCAAAAUGUGUAGUGAUUAUACUUGAACUCUGUACUUAGUGUUUGUCUAACUCUUAAAUGUUUCUGGGGAUGAAAUUGAUCUAUUCCUUUGUAUUUAAACCAAAAUGAGUUGAUACGUGUUGGAAUGUAUGUGAAAUAAUGCAAUCGUCUAGCGCUCAUCACUGUAGCACUGAGAGAGAAAAAAAUGGAGCCGCAUGAGAGACAAGGAUCCCUUCUGAUUUGUUUUGCACAGGUAUGUGUGACUGGUGUGUCUCCCCCACCCCCAAUAUUGUAGUGCCUUAAAUGAUUAUGUAGUGCGACUAGAGUUUACAGUGCGCUUGCCUUAUGAUGGACCAGCAAGCCCCUUCGCUCUCCGUCAAACUGAAGCAAUUCAUUGAGCAGAUCUGAGGAUAGAAAUAAAUGGCAAAAUAGGUUGCUUUAAAUUUCGUUGCCAGCAGACAAGAAGCUAUGAGCAUGAGCCAGCUAAAGCCGAGUACUUUUUAAAGUUCCGUUGAUUUGAACUAGAAAAUUAAGGAGAUGCUAACUUCCUGCCACUAACUGAUGACUAAUUUGAAUAGAGCCAAACCAUGGUUUGCACUCACAUUCACGCUGGUUUGCAUGUAACAAUGGCAGUGUAACAGGUUAAUUAACUCAAGAUUUGCCACCAUUGUAUGCAAAGAGAACCAUUGUUUAAAAUCAGAUCAUGGGUUUAGUUUUUUACUGCCAAACUACAUGCCUGCUUUUGGUAGGGUUUUUUAUUUUUUUGGUCCUCUGGGUUUUCAUAUAUUUGUAAGUUCCCUUCACCAUGGUAGAGUUGCUUAAGAAGAUCCCCAUGAUUUUUUGAGUGUUGAUUUAAGUACCACGUCAACCAUAGUAUAAACCCAUAGCUUACAAACCCAUUUGAAAUCAUUUUCUGUUUUCUGGCCAGUUAUAACCAGGGUUUGUCAAUAGAAACAUCAUGACAAAGUUAAUUCACUGUAUCCAUGGUUAGAAAUGUCUAGACUGAACCAAUGGCACCUAAAAGUACUUCAGUUUAACUGGAUUGCGUCCUAAGUAUUUUAUUUGGAAUGAAGCUUCCCCCAGACUCUCAAAACAAUACCUAUGUUUUUAGCUGUCGAUGCAUCUUUAAUUGUGCUGGGAAUGCAUUGGAAAAUUUAUCUGAUGUUGCAGAGGUGAUUAACCACGUGCAAUUACUUUUCCUUAGAUUAUAUUGUAACUAUCUCCCCCUCAUCCUCUUGUGUGUAGCAAAUAUUCCUUGUAAAAUAUUACUAGCUUGGUGUUAAGAACUUUUUAUACCAAAGAGAGCCUGCUGGAAAGCACAUAAUAUUCAGAAGUUUUAAUUAACACCACUAGUAUCAUGGCGCUUUUGGGAAGGGUGACAGCUGUAGCACGUGGUGUUGUGAGGAAAUGCACACUUUUACCUGGCCUGCUGGUGGUGUGCUUUUAAGUCACUGUUGAUUUCAUGGAUUCUAUCAAACUGUUCUUUGUUUCACCACUGCCAUUAUGCAGAGAAUGAUCUUGGCCAAACGGAGAACAAGCUGGCUUGGAGAGUGGUAUUGCUACAGCAAUAAAAGGCUUUGAAAGCCUUGAAAAUUCAGUUUGUAUUCUGUCUAGUCUGGAUUGUAAGGAUAGUUUUGGUACAUUAAAAAGAAUGCAGAAAAGUCAUGCCCAUUUUUGAAACAUGCAUGAUAGCAUGCCCAAGUGUGGACAGCUUGUAAAAUAAUAUAGGGCAAUAAUCCUGACCCCACUGAAGUUAGGAGGGGGGCUUUGCUAAUAAUUUCAUUGAAGACAAGAUUUCAGUGAUCUUAAAGCCACUUUUCCCAGAUGAAGUAGUUCAUGAACAACAAGCCUUACAGUUUCCCUUAUAAUAAGGAAUCUGUUGUCUUUGGCAAUAGAGAAGAGUGGUUGCUGAACACCGUGACUAGCCAUGAACCUUUCUUUCUGCUGUACUCUUGCUCUGUUGUUUUAAUCUUUUUCCUCUGUAUUGAUGUGAGGAUAAUCAAGGAAUUUCAGUUCUUUACAUAAUUGGUGUCAACAAUGCUUUCUGUUGCUGCAACAGUAUUGAAAUGGUUUUCUGCUUAGUGUCAAGUCCAUUUUUAUUUUUUUCUUCCCCCAGUUCUAUGGCCUGUAUGCCAGUCCACCCCGCAGAAAUCCUGAUGGCAUUUUUUACUCAAUUGCAAAAAUGGAAAUUGGUCAUGUUCACUGUAGAGAAGUAUAAUCUUUCAGGAGAAAAAUGCAAAACAUUGACUUAAAAGUGCUGGCCUCCAAAGUAACAUGUUUUUCCAAGAUACAAAACACUUUGUUUACUUCAACUCUAAUAGAACCUAUCAGUGUUAAGUGAUAGAAACCAUGUCUAGGAGAUCUUUCUCCAAAGUAAUUCUGGCCAUUUUAAUGCUUUGCAGCUUUCAGAUACUUUGCAGCUAUGGAACCAGCCAAGUAUGUACUAAUAUUUCGUCCAUUCUAAGGCCUCUUUGUCAGAGCAGAUGAGGUGGCAACUGUAUGCCUGGAUGCCGUUGCUUUCAUCUGCAUGUGGAGCCUCAUGUGGUAGAAUAUUCCACUAUCCAAAGCAAAUGAUCCCUUGUGCAUAGGAAACUGAGUUGUCAGGCUGUCUAAAACCAUUGCACCAUUCUUAGUAGAAAGGUAAGGUACAAGCCAAAUAAAUGCACUUCCUGGGUUAGUUUCCUUGUGCAAGGAUUUUGUUUGCGUGACAAAACUUAGAUUCAUAUGAGCUCCAGGAUUAAUGGCAGAGUUGUGACAAUAUUUGCCACUUAAUAGGUCUUAGCUGCAUCUUUUUUCCCCAGUGCAUAUCCAAGUUGCCUCACUGGACAGAGAGAUGUAAGCUGAUAGGUACUGACUGCCUCACAGCUGUGCAGGCUUAUGUAUUAAUGAACAUAACAGUUUUUCCCUCAAAACUAACAUAAUAAAAAAUUUCCUUGCCAUUCCACUUCUGAUUCUCCACACCGUGCUGAGGCUGUAUUUUUGCAUGCAGCUGAAUGUAUAUGCAAAUCCUGCCGAAAUCUUUGGGACUUGCAUAGGUGCAGCUGUGUUCAGUUCUGCAGCCCAGUAUCGCAGCAAAACUCCCCUUUUUGUAAUGACAAGAGAAUAUAUUUCAUCUAGUCAUUCCUGUGAUCAGUUAAUUCAGUUACUUAAAAGUUCCUGAUAGCUCAACUCUCACCUCACAGCUGUUGAUAUUCCACUGCAAAAGCAACUUCACAGCUUUACUGUAUGCACAUCUUGUGACCAGUGCAGUACUAUACCUCUGACUCAAUUAAAACAAAAGUUAAAUUUAAUUGCUUCUAGGUGACUGGGAUUGGCACAGCCCUGCUUUCUCAUUUUAAUUUUAACUUAUGAAUGGUGCCGCAUGUUGACAUAGUUGUUUGUUUGUUGCUAAACUUUAUAUAAUGUGUGAUUUCAAAUUCAGCUUGAACUAUUAUCUAACUCACUACAUGUAGCAGUGCAUUAUAUGUAAUGUUAGUAUUUCUGCUUGAAUCCUUGAUAUUGCGAUGGAAUUCCUACUUUAUUAAAUGUAUUUGAUAUGCUAGUUUAUUGUGUAGAAUUUAACUUUUUUCUGGUUGUGCUCUUCCUUUUUACAAGCCGCUAGAUAAAGGUAGUUUCUGACAAUUACUGAUCUAUGUUUGUAUUGCCAAUGUACUUAGGGGUAAUGUAAAAAUCAUUUUAACAAAAGGAAAUACAGAUAUUUAAAAAAUUUAAUACUAACUAUAUGGGGAAAGGGUCCAUUGUGAAAACAUAGUUUAUCUUUGGAUUCAAUGUUUGUCUUUGGUUUUACAAAGUAGCUUGUAUUUUAAGUAUUUUCUACAUAAUAUGGUAAAAUGUAGAACAAUUGCAAUGCAUCAAUAAAAAGGGUUAAUUUUCUGUACUCUA